GAGAUCAGCCACUCGGACGCCACGGUCAAGCAGUCGAAGCUGACCCCCCAGGAGGCCAGGGACCCGCUGAAGCGGAAGGCGGCGUUCACCCCGAAGGCCGACGACAUCUUCAGCACCAUCAGAGGCCACAAGGCGAUGCGGAUCUCAGAUACUCGGUGGGUUUCGGGGGAGUUGAACUGGUGCGGGAAGGGGAAACGUGCCUCCCAUCAGACAGCGGCUGGAUCCGAUGACGACGCUGCCACGGCCACCAACUACUUCGACGAGUCUGACUUGGAGGCUCCGACCCUCAAGCUUGCGAAGAAGAUGCGCUCGCAUUCGCCGAUGUCGCUGCAGCCCCCGCCAUCGCACACGCUCAAGAGCGGAUCGGCUGGCAAGGUGCCUGGCAGAGCCCCUUCCUCGCGCGGUGGAUCUAGCGCAGGUCCUGGCAGUGCCAAGAAGUCCGACGGGAGGCAGGGCGUCGCUGCGAAGUCAGUUCGCGCCGCCGACGAGUUUGAGGACGAUGAGGCUGAUGCUGAGGAUGAGCUGGGGCCUGAGGCUGAGGAGAAGGAGCGAGUGUGGCCAGAGUUCGAGAAGAGGAUGGCCCCAGCCGCGUUCGCUGCCAUGAAGAGGGAGUUGACCUCGAUGUUCAAGCAGGCGCUCAGGGCGAUCCCCUACAGCAACGAGGCCAGCUUCAAGAGGCUGGACAAGGGCUACGACCAGGUCAAGGACGACGGCGACGUGGCGACUUACAAGUACAAGGAGACCAAGAGUGACUUCAUCCAGAAGUUCAGCGAGCUCGACAACGACGUGAACGGCAUCAAGGCGUGGCGCCAGACGAGUGACUCCAACCAGGCCAGGGACGAUCUGAUCAAGAAGCUGGAGGAGAUCCAGACGGAGGCCAGUACGCUAGAGGAGAUCGCCGCUGGCAUCGCGGAGGUGAGAAGGCAGCAACAGGAGGGCAAGGCCAAGGACAAGCGGAAGCAGACGACCCAGCUGAAGAAACACGUCACCAUGUUCGAGAACACUGGGAUGCCGCAGGCGCUCGCGGCGGAGUUCGGCGGCCUGGUGCACGAGAAUAAGGUUUUCAUUAAGACAAUCCUCCUCAUCCUCUUCUUCCUUAUCACCCUCGUGAUCAUCCUACGUCCCCUCCUCGUCUUUAUCCAUCCCCACCUGCCCACUUUCUCAGUGCUGCCCUUCCCUGCUCCUCCUCGCCCGAAGGGCUCCGUCGAGAGCUACUCCGUGGACUCGGCUAUGGAGGAUCCGUUCCAUGUCAAGCUGCAGGAGUUCAACACUGGAACCAUGAGUAAGCUCGGAGCUGCCAUCACGAACAACUGGGACAUCAUCGUGAGAAAAACGCAGAAGGUCGAGAAAUUGAUGACCAACCAAGCUGCGAUGACGUCGAUCGCUCUGGGCAAGUGUCUGGACGAGGUUGACUUCCGCGUGGAGUUCAAGGGCGGGCCCUUGGAGGCAGACGAGGCGUGUAUGGAGUUGAGUCGCAAGCCGUUCCUGGUGCUGACGAAGAACCACUCCUGGAGCUGGAGUUCGAACAGCUGGCCGUUCCCUGGCUUGCCGUCCUUCGUGGUCAACGUGGGCACCCCCACUGUGCUGCUCAAGCUCGUGGCAGCGGGCUCUCUUCUCCGCGGCGGCCUCACGGCCCUCAGCGCCUUGCAGCAGUGGGCCAAGAGCAACGAGGAUGAUUGCUGCAAGACCGCGUGGACGGAGUCGUCAGCAGCUUUCUUGAAUAAAGACGAGGUGCUCUACGUGCCGUACGGCGUCGUCCCCUUCGUCACGAGUUUCCUCGGCAAGGGCUCCGCCGACGAGAGCCCGACAGCAUCGAUGAUCGUGUUCCCGAUCUUCCCGAAGGCCAUCGCUGUGAACGACGAUGGCAAGAAGCAGGAGUGGGAGUUCAUCAAGCGGGACCUGGAGCACACCUUCGCCACGUGCGGCGACUCGAAGAUCUGGGCCUCGUUCAAGGGUCCCGUGGUUGACUACAUCGGGAAGGUCGGGGAGUAG